AUGAGCAACAGCAACCAGCUCGAGCCCAGCGGGAAGAGCCACUCGAGCAAGAACCGGGUCUCGAUCCAUCUGCCCAGCUCGAAGCAGACCACCGCCGGCUCGGCCUCCGCCCAUCGCGCCUCACUCUCCUCCACUCCCAUCCCCCUCACCACCGGAACCCCGUAUUCGCUCAGCAUACCCCCUCGGGAUCGACGAAUCUGCCCUCCUCGACCACCAGGUUCGAUCUCUUCCGCUAUCGCUAGUGUCCGCGAUCAUUCAAGACCACAGUCAAGAGCCAACGUCAACCCUCGAUCAGAGAAACUUAAACAUAAAUCCAGUCUUAAACAACAACAAACGGUUUCCAAGCCAUCAUCGUUUUCGCACGCGCCGCUGAACUCAAGAUUACCAGCGCUGACGCCACGAAAAGCGAGCCACCGGACGAGCCAGCAACGAGUCCGACAGACGAGCGAUGAUGAGGGCACGAAAUCAGAAGAGUCAGAAGAGGAAGAGGAAGAGUCGAUGGACGCGGACCAAACGGGCGAGUUCUUGGAUAAGCUGCGACUUGGCGACUCACACCACCGUCCUCAGCGGUCAUCCAAGCCCAAUAACCAGACCAGACAGAAGGAAAACCUCAGACAAAUCUUGGAUCAUAUCCCCUCAACCUCCAAUAAUCAUGAUGAGCUUCAACAUCCCUCGGGGAUCGAGGAUCAGGAACUCGCCAUCAUCGAAGACCUCUUCUUCAUUCUCCUCGGCAUUGAAGGCACAUUCAUCGAGUACCACGAAAACUUCUCCCCCGACGACCCUUUCGAAAGACUCCAGGGCGCUCGAUUCUCUAUCAAUAAAGAUCUGGCUUUGAUCCUGCCAUUGGCCACCUACUACACCUCGAUCGAUGCCUUUGUUGCAGCUCACAGUCACCUAGAUUGCGGGUUGGUUAUUCACGCGUUGUGUGCAUCGAUUCGAGACAUUUUGAAGGAUUACAUGACGUUGGUCGUUCAAUUGGAAGAUCAAUUCAACCAAUCGGCCGACUUUACCCUCCAGUGCUUUUGGUUCUACGUCCACGACAUGUUACACACCCUUAAGCUAUUGUACUCAUUUACGACCGAGCUAGUUUGUCUAUAUUCUCCUGAUCUGUUAUCGUCUUCAUCGGAUGGUGCUGGUGGUGACGGGGACGGGACGGAGGAGGACGAGGUGGGCCAGAGCAGUGGGGGAGGCGGCACGAGUUGUGGGGUGGCCGAAGGGGCGAUGGUGAAGGGAGGGGAGGUGCUGGCGAUCCUGGAGGAGCGAGUGAUGGGCUCAUCGGGCGACCCGAUAGCACUGAAACUUUACUCGGGCCUACUGCUGAAGGCCUCCCAGCCGUACUGCAAGAUGCUCAUCCAAUGGGUCGCCAAGGGCAUCCUGGACGACCCCUACGACGAGUUCAUCAUCAAGGAGAGCAAGUCGAUCACCCGCGGUACGCUCGAUGAGGACUUCACCGACGAGUAUUGGGAGCGCAAGUAUGUCUUACGUAACCGGGCAUCUGCCGUCGGGGCGGGAGGGGCCGACGGCCCUCCUACGACCAGCCAUGGGGGGCGUCUGGGGCGGUGCGGUGCUGCCUCGCUUCCUGGAUGGGAGGUGAAAAUCCUGCUGGCGGGCAAGUAUGUCAACGUAAUCCGGGAGUGCGGGGUGAAGGGACGGACGGACGAAUUUGAGGUUGAUCUCGAUCAAGCGCCCGACACGGAAGGCUCGGCCGGCCUGAUCAAGACGAACGACGACUGGUUCUACGGGCUGAUCGACCGGGUUUAUGUUUCGGCAAAUCGGUCACUACUCGAGUUGCUGAUGAGAUCGGAAGACUUACUGGGUCGACUGCGCUCGCUCAAGCAUCACUUCUUCCUUUCUCAGGGGGACAGCUUCACCACCUUCCUCGACUCGGCCUCCUACGAACUCGGCAAGAAACUCAGACACGUCAAUGUCUCCCGGCUCCAAAACCAGUUUGAUCUGGCCAUCCGUAAUCCGAGUAGUUCGAGCUCAAGCGACCCUUACAAGGAGGACGUCAAGGUGACCAUGGCUACCACCAGCUUGACCGAUUGGCUCCUCCGCAUCGUCGGCGUCACCGGUCUCAUAGGCGCCAACUUCGGCAAUGGCGGCUUAUAUGGCAGCGGGAGUGGCGGGAGUGGCAUCGGCGGCGGAAUCGAUGCCUUGCAAUUGGACUAUACGGUGCGGUUCCCGCUCUCGUUGGUGAUCUCACGGAAGACAAUCUUGCGUUACCAAUUGAUCUUCAGGUAUCUACUCCACCUCAAGCACCUUGCGCAAUCCCUCACGAUCUCCUGGACCGAGCACAUCAAAUUUACAGCCUGGAAAUCCUCCUCCAAAGUCCACCCUCGACUGGAGUCCUGGAAACGCCGGAUCUUUAACCUGCGGGCUAAGAUGCUCAGCUUUGUCCAGUCCCUUUAUAACUUCAUCUGCUUCGAGGUGCUCGAGAAAAACUAUCGCAAGUUAGAAUUCAGACUCGCUAAUAAGGUGGACACCGUCGACGGCCUCUUGAGAGAUCACCGGGACUUUUUGGAUACUUGUUUGAAGGAAUGCAUGUUGACGAAUUUGAAAUUGUUAAAGAUCCAUCAAAAGUUGACGACCGCAUGUUCAAUGUUUGCCUCCUACACCUCCCACUUCACAAAGUCCGCCCAUAGCUUCAACCUAGCCUUCCAAGACGGAAGCAUCUUCAACGAGGGCAAUUCACGGGGCCGGUCCGGCCGAGACACUCAGUCUUCCAGGACGGGCAAACCCUCUAAUCAGGAAAUCUACGAUAAAUUCAUCCUCGCCGAAAACGCUCUCAAGAAAUUUGAACAGAACUUUAACCAUCAUUCUCAAGUUCAUGUCGACAUGGUCACCUAUUUCGCCUCCUCUGAAAACAUAGCCCCAUUGGCGUUGGCCGUCCGAUUGACAACCGUCAAAGCUUUACCAGGCUCCUAA